CCCGCCCGAGAGUCGGGUCAAGGUGCGGGGUGGGCACGGAGGCGUCCCGGGCGCUCCUUGGGGGCGGGCGCCGCCCCCACAGCGUUGCCUGUUUCUCGGUGCCCCCCGCGGUUUUGCCCCCCGCGGUUGUGCGCCGCCGCGGGUCGGGGACGCUCUGGGCGGGCAGAUUGUGCGGGACCUGUCUGAGUUUGCGGGGAGGGAAGGGCGGAGGGGAGUACGUUGGACCUCGCGUCCCCGGGCACCCCGCGCACAGAGUCGGGCGUGGGCGGCAGGGAGCUCUCGGCGGCAGCUGGGAAGUCGUCGUCCCCGCGCCGCUGGCUCUCAGGCUGCGCCCCGAGCCCGCAGGAAGCGGGCGUGUACAGAAUUUCUGUGACCCUCGCGGCGGAAUAAACAGGAAGCGACGAGCACCCAGCCGGGCCGCCCCUGCCUGCCUUUGUUGUGCGGUCUGCCCGGCGCUGCCCUGAGGACACUUCUCGGACCCUCGCCCGCCGCCCCGGGGCUGGGUUCGCCCGACCUGGCUCCUGCUGCCUCAGGCUUGAGGGGAGCCGCCCCCUCCAGACAAGGAUGCCCUGAAGCCUCAUGGCCCUGCGUCCUUCUUGUGGCUCUGGGAGGGCAAAGCCCAGGCUCGAGGGGCCUCCCUGGGACUGGGGACCACCUGCUUGGUGGUGUCCAGCGAUGGUCCUGAGCCCCGAUGGCAGCUUGCUUUGGACUCAGUUCGAGUUCUGCAUCUGUAACCUCAAAUCGCCGACUCCAGGUUGGGCCAUUCUCCAGAACUGAGCCAGUUUUCAAACAGCUUAAAAGCAAGGGGAGCGGUGGAGCAGAGAGCUGCAGAUCAGACCCCCCAGGCCUUGGAGGAUGCCGCCUGCCAGGAGGCUCAGGGGUCACUCCCUCUGAGCUGGGCAGGCUGGUAUUAGCGGGACCGCUUCACCAUGGCCUCCACGGUCUGGCUGGACGGCUGACGUGACUGGUGUCCCAAGUGUGUUCGCUGCUGGUCCGGGUGCCGUCCCAGGUACUGCCUGCUCUCAGGGUCCGGGAGCAGGGCAGGUAGGCGUCGGAUGCGCCUGAAGCCAGACAGGCAGAGCCAUGGCCUCCGACAGACUGGGAUGGAGGUGACCUGAGGCCUCCCGGACCUUCCUGGUGACGGGACAGCGACGGGUCGGAGCGCAGGCCUGCGGGGGAGCAGUAUGCAGGAAGCUGGCCUUCAGGCCACCAGUGCUGUCACAGAGUGCACGUUCACCUGCACCAGUGGCCAGUGCUUGUAUCUCGGUUCCCUGGUCUGUAACCAGCAGAACGACUGUGGGGACAACAGUGAUGAAGAAAACUGCCUCCUGGUGACUGAGCACCCACCGCCGGGCAUCUUCAGCUCGCAGCUGGAGCUGGCCCAGGUGCUGGUCGUCGUGGUGGUGGUCACCGUGAUGGUUGUGGUCAUCGUCUGCCUGCUGCACCGCUACAGAGUCUCCAGCCGCUCCUUCAUUCAGCGCCAGAGGCCGGAGGCCGGGCUGCAGUCGGAAGGACGCCUGUGGCCUUCAGACGGCUCUGGACCUCGGCCUGCCUCAGAGCUCAUGUUCGGCCCGCGGUUCAGGGACGGGGUGCCCGGCCCCGCCUUCCUCCAGAGGGAGCGGGACAGGUUCGGCGGCUUCCAGCCCACCUACCCCUUCGUGCAGCGCGACAUCGACCUCCCCCCCACCAUCUCCCUGUCGGAUGGGGAGGAGCCGCCCCCGUACCAGGGGCCUUGUGCCCUGCAGCUCCGGGACCCUGAGCAGCAGCUUGAGCUCAACCGCGAGUCUGUGCGGGCCCCGCCCAACCGGACCAUAUUCGACAGCGACGGGCUGGCAUCGGUGCGCAGCGGAGGCCCGUGCCCGCCCAGCAGCCACUCGGGCAUCAGCGCCAGCACCUGCAGCAGCCACGGGCGAAUGGAAGGGCCGCCCCCGCCCUACAGCGAGGCCAUGGGCUGUCCCCGCGGCUCCGCCCCCGCGCCCCCCAGGGCACCCGGGAGCAUAGUGCCGCCCGCCCAGGGCAAGGACAGGAAGCCUGGGGACCUCGCCUGACCCGCCGGGCACAGGUGCCAGAGGGAGUCGCCCCUCCACCCCGGCCAGCACAACGAGCGGUCUUUUCUGAUCCCUCUCAGGGUAGCGGCAGGCAGACCAGACGGGAACAAACCUCCAGUCUGGCUGCAGUGUUCAUGGAGGCAGUGUGGGGACAGGGCUGGUUGUGGCAAAAGGUGUGCAUGGGGACCCAGGAAAAGGGGUGCUUGGAAGACAGUGGGGGCGUUUGAUUUAUGAAAGCUGAGUUGGCAGAGGAAGAGACCAGAAUGCCCUGUUUUUACAGUUAACCCGAGUACAGAGGAAAGUGCUAUACAUUACAGGGGUGAAUCCUCGGUUUGCCCCCCCGCCCCAAACUGUGGAACUUUUGUUCUUAAAACAUGAUUCUAAAUUCCU